UUUGAAAGGGCGGCUAGAGCUCGGGAUGGCACAACACGGUUAGGACCGCUGGAGCCGGUGGAUGUACUGCAGCUGCCCCCCCGCGCACCGACUUCCCGCUCGGGCUUUCAGCACUUGGCGGAUCCGUAUUUAGUGGCUGCAUCGCUGCAGCCGCGUGCCGCUGCUCGACGCUCGGUGCGGGGUUCGUCACGCACACCGACAUCUCGCGCCCCGUGGAAGUUCUAAACGGGUCAUCGAUCCACUGCGAAGCGAUGCUGAACGACAUUAAGAUAGAAGAUCGUCUGCGGACGGACGCGGGCUCUCUGGACGGGAUGAUCGGCGGGGACUCUCUCCAGCGGGCCGUGUGCGAGGGCUGCACGCGGGUCAUCUCGGACCGCUUCCUGCUGCGGGUCAACGACGCGUCCUGGCACGAGGAGUGCCUGCAGUGCGCCGCGUGCCAGCGGCCGCUCACCACCACCUGCUACGUCAGAGACACGAGGCUCUACUGCAGGAGCGACUACCAGCAGUUGUUUGCCACCAAAUGCAGUGGCUGUCUUGAGAAGAUCGCACCCACAGAGUUCGUAAUGCGAGCUCUGGAGAGCGUUUACCACCUCAGCUGCUUCUGCUGCUGCGUCUGUGAUCGCCAGCUGUGCAAAGGAGACGAGUUUGUUCUGAAAGGAGGUCAGCUGCUUUGCAAGAGUGACUAUGAGAGGGAGAGGGACCUGCUCAGCGCAGCCAGUCCAGACAACUCGGACUCAGAGAAGAGUGAGGAUGAAGACGUGGAUGUGAAGUCAGAGAAGUGUCCUUCAGCAGGGAGAGGAAGCGGCGAUAGCAAAGACCCUCGCCGGCCCAAACGGCCACGGACCAUCCUCAACACCCAGCAGAGGAGGGCCUUCAAGGCCUCCUUCGAGGUGUCCUCCAAACCCUGCAGAAAGGUGAGAGAGACGCUGGCAGCAGAGACAGGACUCACUGUGCGGGUGGUCCAGGUCUGGUUUCAGAACCAGAGAGCAAAGAUGAAGAAGCUAGCCCGCAGACAACAGCAACAGCAGGAGCAACACAGCGGCCAGAGGCUCAGCCAAGAGAGGAUGUCGGGCUGUAUGGAGGGGCUGCUCAGCUCCUACUCAGGGCAUCUAGCUCCCAACCAGCAGCAGCAGCUGGUGACCAUGGAGCACGGUGGCUACCACACGGACCCCUUCCAGCAGGGCCUCACGCCACCACAGAUGCCCGGUGACCAUAUGAACCCCUACGGAACCGACAUCAUCUUCCAUGACAUGGACAGCGACACCUCUCUGGCGAGUCUGAAUGACGGCUUCGUGGCCCCCGCGGACGUAAGCUCCUCGCAUCGCGGGGCGGGGAACCCCAUCGACCGCCUGUACUCCAUGCAGAGCUCCUACUUUGCCUCCUGAGAAGCCGCCGUCGCCAUCGGUACCGCCCAGCCCGCUGCGCCGUGGUCCCCCCCCCGGGGGGCCACAAACAGGCGAGCCUGCAUCGGAAGGGACACGAGACACAUGUCCCGUGAGACAUGAGUCAGUAAGGAGGCAAAUGUGGCUGUAAGACCAAACCCACCAAAUGUAACGGAGCGAGCGCCGCCCGCCAGAGGAAAGGGAAAAGCACCCGCUGUCUGCGCAGGAGUCUGGAAGACGUGGGCCUCCAUCUUCAUUCUGUUUGGAUGUUGACCUUUGUACACAUAUGUGGACGUGUUUAGUGCUAUGAAAAGUUUGGAAAUUGAGUCAAACUGUCACAGGAACAUUAGGCUGCGUGUUUCUCAGUUUAAUAGGUAAUUUAUUUUAAUGGGACAAUCAGGAAAAUGUAGUUUUGGUGAUGUGACGUAGUGCCAAGCUCUUCUUGUAUAAACACGGAGUGAGCCAACUGAUUGAUACCUGUUUCAGAAUGUAAAUAAUGUUCUUCAGACACAUCCACUUUUGCAUGUUAGGAUAACCAGCGGUUUAUUUAAUUCUCCCCCAUGUACUGUUAUACAAUAAAUCAAGCUAUUCUAUUUAAAAUAAGGCAAUAAGAUCACAUUGUUAAGUGCAAAAAAACUUCUUACCUAAUUUGUUGAUUUGAUUCUGCUAUUUAUCAUGUUAUUUGAAUUGUUUAGUGAGUGUAAAUUAAUAUUGCUUUGCUAUUUAUUUUUCCAUUUCAAUCAUAGGGAUAUUGUCGUACGGGCAUUUUAGAUUUGCUAACUUAUCAAAAGUGUUGGUGCUUAAAUAAAAAGUAUGAAAUGCA